CAGCGCGGUUGGUGUGUUUGCAUCCAGGGUUGCCCGGGCAACCGCGACGUCUGACAGUUUGUUUGUGUUUGUGUGCAUCUAACGUCAGUUGACAAUGACUGAAGGCCUGGAGGCGGUUAGGAGCAGUUUGCCCUUGCAAAUGUGCGCCUACUUUAACGUGGUUUUCCUGCCCGCUUGGGCGGCGGUUUUCCUGGAUUUUUUCGCUCACCAGUACUGGGCCCCAGGGGCGCUCACUCGGGCGCUUGCAGCCGUCACCGCCAGUACAGUUUUCUGCAUUGAGGGGCUGCGCCUCUACAUGCUCUAUGCAGGCAAUCUGGGCGACAAGAUUCCAGAGCUGGCGGCGUUUUGGAUGCUGUCGGUCUUCCUGCAGCUGCCCCUGCAAGGCUUCCUGCUGUUCAACCCCCAUUUCCAGCUGGGCGUCCUGCCGGUGCUGAGCCAGAGUGUGCUGCUGAUCCUGCUGCUGCUGGAGAUCGGCUUUGGGUACGUCGCCCUUCGCUUCACGGCCGCCCAGCAGGCGCUGAAGCACGCCCGGAGCCGGCAGGACAAAAAGGCGGACGCGCCCCAAUGAAAACUCGCCAAAAAGCCAAUAAAGCUUGACGAUUUU